AUAAUAUGGUUUUCCCCUGGUAAUCCACUGAGAAUAACCCGGAAGAACAGAUGCCAGAAGUAUGUUUUGAUAAGGCUUUGCAGAGGAUGAGAGACAGAACACCGGCGUGUGCUGUAAUUAAAAGUGUUCAGUAGACUGUCCUGAGCAGGAGCAGCAAUGCACUACUGGGGGCUAGCUGCAGAAAAAAACCCCACUGACUUCUGACCAGCUCGGCGUUUAAGCUGCCUCCCUCAGAGCUCGAUGCUGAACAGACACAAUGGGCUCUAUAGCUUCUGCAUACACCAAGCAUUCAAAAUUCUUGAAGCGGGCUAAGGAAUCACAGGAACAAGAGGUUGAUGAUUUGCUGGAUGGAAAAGACAGAGAGGAAGAUAUUGCUCAGUUUCCUUAUGUGGAGUUUACUGGCCGAGACAGUAUAACCUGUCCAUCAUGUCAAGGGACUGGAUGCAUCCCUACUGAACAAGUGAAUGAAUUGGUUGCAUUAAUACCAUACAGUGACCAGCGGCUGCAGCCACAGAGAACGAAAUGUUACGUCAUGCUUUCUGUGGUACUUUGCCUUUUGAUAUCUGGCCUGGUUGUAUUUUUCCUGUUUCCACGUACUAUUCUUGUCCAGGAUGAGGGCAUCAAGAUGGUAAAUGUAUGGUUUGAUAAAGAAAAUACUGUUGUCGUUCUGGCCAUAACGAGUACAUUGAAGAUUACAAAUUCCAACUUUUAUUCAAUAUCUGUGGACAGUCUGACAAGUCAAGUACAAUAUAUAAACACAGUCAUUGGAACACAACAGAAGACUAAUGUAUCACUUAUCCAACCACUCAGCGAGAAAUUGGUGAACUUCACAGUCAAAGCCGAACUGGGUGGAACACUUUCGUAUUUAUAUUACUUCUGCACAUUGCCUUCAGUCAAAGUACAUAAUAUUGUGGUUUUUAUGAGAACCUCUGUAAAAUUUUCCUACAUUGGACAUGUUUCUCAGAGUUCCCUGGAGACCUAUCAGUAUAUUGAUUGUGGAGCAAAUUCAACAAUAGUUGUGGAUCAUUCUCUAUAAUUCAGUUCACAGAAGAGCAUUAAGAUCAUCUGUUCUGCACUGUGAUUUGUCUCUGCAACGAAAAUGUUAAAGCAUUACCACUGCUGACACCAAGAGUGCAUGUUUACAUUGGAAUCCUAAGUCAAGGUUGUGAAACUGUAUCUUAUGUAUAUACUAUUUUUGUUUACUCACAAAAUAAUGAGGUGAACUAAAAUAAUACACAGUCACGUUUAAUAAAUUAUUUUAAGCAGAUAGCUUAUUUAAGCAGAUUAGUUUUUGUUCCGACGUUUCUCAACUCCAGUCAUCCUAUAGCGAAAAUAGAAUAAUAAAUGAAUCAUCUGUUAUUUUGAUUAACACAAGGUGGGAAACUUUAAGAUGGGAUUCAUUAUGAAUUCCUAAACACUGGAAUUUAAAAAGGCAUUUAAAGGCUAUUUAUUACACUUCACAAAUAUGUAACCGUGUAUUUGAAAGCACUUUUUUGAAAUUUUUAGCACAAGUUUUCCUACCGUGUAAAAAAUGACACAAGAUGAAAUAUAACAGUGUUAUGUACAUAUAAUUUACAACUUCCUCUUGGCAGGUAUAUCCAGUCUAAAACUAGUAUUUGUUUCCUUAUAUACAUAUAUUUAGCUAAAUAAGCUGGGACGUUAUUGAUUUACAAUCUGAUAACAUACAUGUAUUGCUGUGUGGGUAUUUGCCAUAUUAGAACAAGUCAGUCAUUGAGUCUUUAUCCAUAGUCAUUGUUAUGGGAAUUCCACAACUCUGGAAACAUUAACCAGUUUGCAGUGGUUUUGGUAAUGUAAUAAAUAUAUUUUAAGGUCUAGUGGGUUUGAGCAGAGUUUGUAUUGCUCUAAAAUGAAAGAGGGUGUCAUCAUCUACAGCAUCUUUCAGCUUUUAAUUAGUAGAAAACAAGAAAAUUAGGUAACAGACAAUUUCUUACUAAUUGUUAAAGGGACAUGAAAGUGAUACAUAAACUGUAAUGCAUAAUUAAUAUUGCAAAAAAGUUUAAGCAAUAUUAAAAUAUUUUUCCUUCUUUAGUGUUGCUGAAAAUUGGAACUUAAAUGGUCAUUAUAAUAAAAAAAAAAGUUGUAUCAACCCUAGACUACUGUGCGUUUAACCCCUGCAAAAAAAGGAAAUGCCACUCAGGACGCAAGAGGCACUGCUGGUCCCAUGCCGAAAUUGCCGCUGAUCCAAACGGCAGUGCUAGUUGUACGACUCAGUUGUGGAAGUAGUGCUGCUGAUUGGAUCUGCAUUUUUUUCUGCUUUAAAGUUUGUAAUUUGAUUCUUAUUUUUGUUUUCCCAUAUCUAGCAGUUGGCUGUUAAAAUGUAUUUAUCUACCCUAUACCCAGUUUUUGGUUUUGGUAGGUUUAGAGACAAAAAAAAAAUGUUGAGACUAACAACCUAAUAAUUUAAAAUUGCAUUUUUUAGCAAAAAUAAAGUACGUUAAAAUAUAUAUUAUUUUUUUUUCAUCGGAAGUCACGCAUUAAACGUAAUUGUUUUCAUGUCACUUUAGUGUUAAUUUAUGCUAUUGCUUAAAAACCCUACUAACAAAACUAUUUGGAAAUAAAAUAAUUUAUGUUGUCAUGAUAAUUAGACACUAAUUAAAUAAAGCUUCUAUAUACAUUUUGAACAAUUAACAGUAAUGCUUUAAAAAAAUAAUUUUAUUACAAGACAGGAGGUUCGUAUUUUAAUUGAACCCUUUACUUACUGAUCUCACAAACAUCAAAGAACAAUGAAACAGAAAACAAUGAGUAAAACAUGACCAGUAACCUCCCAGUUUCUUUACUUCUCUCAGAAAUUACACAUCUGUGUAUCUUGCUCUUUAUGUACAUGUUUUCUUUUUCUGCUUCAAUUAUACUCAUUGUAAAUGUAUUACUUUUUGAUUGUGUAUCAAAAUGUCAAAGGGUGAACCCCACCCUUUGACAUUUCAUUGGUUUACUCUGUUUCAAGUCAUAUAUUUCUUUUAUUUUCUAUAAAUUUCCCCUCAGUGUAGUAAUUUCUCUUCCUAAGAGUGACCAAGAACUGGAACUAGCUUGCAUCGAUAACAAGUCUCUCACAUGCAUGUGCAGACAACUGCCAUCUUGUUUUUAAUUACACUUUGACCCACUUUGUACACCUGCACUUUAGUAGUUGUGUGACUUUGGCACCCACUCCAGUUCCUACCUGCUCUCCAUCCUAUAAUUUGAAAGAUUGUGAUUUUUUGUUUGUUGUAAUUCCAACGUUGCCUUGGUAUACUGGAUUUGUCCACUACUUAGCCAUUUUCUAAGUAAAUAUUUAUCUUACUCUGUGUACCUACAGUGCUAUUCUCUGCAGUUGAUUUGUUUUAUAUCUGCAAAUUGUGCACUAAGUUGGCAGUUAUCACCAUUGUGGAGAGGUAUCCUAUUUUCUGUUACAUUGGAAUUAACAGUGACAUUACAGGAAAGAAUAUGGAGCCUGCUAUCUCACAGUACUUACUACAUAUGGCAUUUUCUAGUAGCUCCUACCAAGCACUUUUCACAGUAGCUGACUGAUCAGGAUCACUUGGCAUGAUUUACUUUUGUCUAAUUAUAACAGCAGUGGUCCAGUCAUAGGAGAACCUUGAGGGCCUAGAUCUAAAAAAAAAAAAAUAGAGGAAGGCACUAGCAAAAAAAGUUGUUUAUGGGGUGUUGAACAAAUCACUGAGAUUACUGUAAGACCAGAAUGGUAAGCUCUGGAUGUUCAUCCAAUGUGAAUCAGAACUAGGAACCAAUGUAUUUUGGGUAAGAUAUUUGGGAUUGUAAAUUGAUUGUUCAUACAGAGAAGUAGGGUCAAAGGGCAUUUCUGCAGUCUCACUGUGAGUUACAAUCAUUUAUGUAUGAAGCUCAUCCCUCUAUAUUGAAGAAUUCUCUACUGUGGCUGGUGUUAGCAUGGAUGUUAAAAUGUGCAAGACCAAUUUUGAUAAGGUAUCUGCUAACCUCAAAGUUUAAUAACAGCAAGGUCCAAAUUUGACAACAACUAGCAUAAGGGCCUGGACUGGUCACUUCAUGAGGCUCAGAGUAAUUUAUUGUAUGUCAAAUCCUAAGCAGACAAAGCUGGUGUUUCCUAAAAGCAUUUGGGAAGGGCCCAGCAUACAAUAUUCACCUCCUGUCUUUAAUAAAAUCAUGAUUAUUUAGACACAAACACUUUUAUAAUCUACUAUGUGCAAAAAAAUAAAUAAAUAACAGAAUAACUCAAAGCACUUAUAAUAAAACAGAUAUGACACAAUCAGUGUCAUGAGCACAGAGAUCUCACAAAGAGAGUGAUUUUGGUUUAAAGUUCAUAGAAAGGUUUUGCAUAAAAGUUUAUUAUUUUGACUUGGGAAAUGGUGCAAAAAAAGGUCACAACUGUCACUGGAUACAGCACAAUUGAUUUUGCUUGUCAUUUUUUUGUUAAUUAACAAAAGCUUUUUAUUGUAAAAUAGCAUUAAAUAUUUCCAAUUGUGAGAAUCUUAAUUUUUCAUAAAAUAAAAAGUUCACAAAUC